AAUUUUUUCUACAUAAAUUAUUAUCUUUUCCAAUGCUCACCAUUUCAUUACUCCCCAUCCGUAUUUAAAAUAUUCUUAGAUUUACCGAUAUCAAUAAAAAAAAAAGAGAGGAUGAAGUAGAUUAAAUAUUUUAUUUGUCAUAAUCUAUUUAUUGUAUUAAUACCAAACACCUUACAAAACCCAAUAGAAGUGCCUCUGACAGAAGGAUGCGAAAAGCACACUUAUAUCCUUUGAGACCAAGUAUCAAACACCUAAUAUGCAUAUCCGGAUUGAAAUAUCAGUACGUUUAUAUGCCCUCAUCCUCGCCGUUGAUUAAUCAGCUAUAAGUAUCUUAUCCCCCUUUAAGGUUUUCUUUUCACCUUCUGAAGAACGAGGAAGAGCUACGCCCACCAGCCCGCGCAGAGAUCCAGCGGAACCCUCUUUCUUCAUCGAAAAGGUGCCGAUACGCUUGAACCUUUUAUGUUUUCUCGAAAUCCCAGUAUUCAUUUCUGCUUUUAUUCUUCUUUUUGGUCGUCGUUUUGUUGAAUUGUCGGAAUUACUGCUUUAACGUGGAACACAAGUUCCAUCUUCACUAUGGUUCUGUUCAUUACUUUGAUUAUCCUUCUUCAGUGUUAAUGGAUUACGUGUGUUCUUUGAUUUAUUUGCUUUCGAAUGGACAAUUACAUAGGAUUCUGGUAAUCGGAGUGUCUGUAUGUCGAAAUAGUUUUUGCUGCAUUGUUCUUUUGGGUUUUCAAAUAUGUAAUUGCUUGGAGAAACACCACAUGUUUGUAAAUAUGCUUUUUUGGGUUGAAGAUAAUUUGAAGUUUAGGUCAACUACCGUUCAUCUUGUUUAAACUGUAUCUUUGGAUAUGCAUUAUGCAUAUUGGGUGUUUGAUUCUUGGUCUCAAAGGAUAUAAGUGUGGGCUUUUCUAAUGCAAAAAGCUUCCGUGGAUAAAAAAGAUCAUUGUUUUUAAAAACACUGUUUGGAUAGUCAUUAUAAAUUCCCCAAAAUGAUCGUUUUAGUGCUAGUUUUUUUUUUUUUUUUUUCCAAAAAAAAAUCUAAGUGACUCCGGUUGACCUUAAUACUAGUGAGAUUUGCUAAUUUAUUAUCGAAAGUAUGAAAUCGACUGAUGCGUGAUAUUUCUAAUAGUAGUUGGACCAACGUGUUAUUGUUUUUCUACAUCAAAUUUAGGUGUCAAGAAUCAACUAGUAAGAAGUUUUUCAUAACACCCUGGGAUGAUGUGGAUACUUCAAAAUCAAACUAAAUUGAAAUUGUUGUCCUAACUUUGAAUCUACUAGUCAAAGAUUUUUCAUAGCAGUUUAGAAGGUGGUGAAAAAACAGCUAAAAAAAGCCAAGUUUCCCUCCUUUGUUGAACUCAGAGAGGGAGAGAUGAAUUCUAAUCCAGGACAAAGCUAUCAGCAGCAAGCCAGUAGUAACUCAGAAAGGCACGAUGAUGAUGCUGCUCUCUCUGAGUUUCUGGCUUCAUUAAUGGAUUAUAAUCCCACCAUUCCAGAUGAAUUGGUUGAGCAUUAUUUGGCUAAAAGUGGAUUUCAGUGUCCAGAUGUUCGAUUAACCAGGCUGGUUGCAGUUGCUACGCAGAAGUUUAUUGCAGAUGUUGCUACAGAAUCUCUUCAACAUUGCAAGGCAAGACAGUCUGCUGUGGUUAAAGAUAAAAAGCAGCCAAAGGUGGUUUCUUGUGCUUCGCAUUGCUUCUUGGCUAAUGUACAGAUCAUCUAACUCUUGAUUCUGUUUUUUGUUCAGGAUAAGCGGCUUAUCUUGACAAUGGAGGAUCUGUCAAAGGCAUUGCGUGAGUAUGGGGUUAAUGUCAAACAUCAGGAGUAUUUUGCUGAUAGCCCUUCGGCUGGUUUGGAUCCUGUUUCGAGGGAGGAGUGAUGAUUCUUGUGCUAUAGUAGUCAUCACGUUUCCUCUUAUUUAAUGAUUUUCUGUUUUUUUUUUUGGGUUGGACCGCACUAGGUGCGGUCGUGUAGCAGUAGAAACCCGUUGUGGAUUUAUCGUAAACCCAAAAUUGUUCCAAAUUGUAAAGCUUUAUUUAUAUAGUAGUACAAAAUAUUUAUGUAACAAUUUACAUAAUUGUACUGAUAAACUGUGUGUGUCUAAGUUUAUGUUUGUAGCUAAGUUUCGAUUGUGCUGGUCCAUUUAAAUAAAAUAAAAAGAAUUCACUC